UGCUACUAAGUUUUGAACCAAACAUCAAAUAACUACCAUCAAUCCGAUACUAUACAAUUUGACCCAAUAUAUUUGCCCCGCCAUCUUCUCUGGUUCUAGCCGGUUUCAAUACGAUCAAUCGACCGCAAUGUCAUCGACACCGAUGGACAUCGACGAACCCGGCGCGGGAACACCCUCCCUGAACGUUACUCGGUUACUUGGGCCUAAUGGGCCCAGUACCUCCAAGAUCAGUGAGGUGAUCAAGAAUUUUAGGCCGACAAAGUUCUUCCAGAGAGACGACGUGAAGGAGGGUAGGCCCCAGCCAUACGUUCUAUCGAUCGACUUUGACGACCCUGGCGAGCUUUGCAUGACGUCUGAAAGCGACGAGACCAUCCAGAUAUAUAACGUUAGGGAAGGUCGGCAUGACAAGAGCUUGCUGAGCAAAAAGUACGGCGUCAAGCAUGCGAAGUUUACACAUUCCAGCUCGGGCAUCAUCUAUGCGAGCACGAAGCAAAACGACGCAAUCCGCUAUCUGGCAACCCACGACAAUACGUUUAUCCGAUAUUUCGAAGGCCACGAGGCCUCCGUUACCAACAUUGCUCUCCAUCCCGGCUCCGAUAACUUUCUUUCAUGCAGUCUUGACACCACAGUCAGGCUCUGGGACCUCAACAGCAGGAACUGGGUUGCCAAAUUCCAUCUCACCAAUCCCACUUUAGCGGCCUGGGACCCUGCUGGUCUCGUUUUUGCCAUCGCCCUACCAGCCAGCGCCAGCAUUCUCCUUUACGAUUACCGCAACUACGUGAAACCGUUCAAGAUCAUCGACGUUUUGAAAGAGAAGGGGCCAGCUGAUGCGGAUGCCGUCUUCAGAGGCUGGACGAAACUCGAGUUCUCCAACGACGGGAAGCAUAUUCUUCUAGGAACACGGACCGGAGGACACUUCCUCUUUGACGCCAUUGACGGGAACCUGAAGGCGUACUUGCGAAAGCCCCAAGGCGGCACCAGACGGCCAGCCCCUGGCGAGGCUGAUGGUGGAAGCGGUGCGCUAGAGAGCAGUGGAGACUGUUGCUUUACGCCAGAUGGACGAUAUGUCGUGUCGGGCGCGGCCAAGGACCUGUUGGUUUGGGACACAUUGCAAACUCCCAAUAACAAGGUUCUGGAACCGAAUUUCCUUCCCCAGGAAGGAAAGAAGGAACCAGUCCUUGUGCAGUACAACCCAAGAUUCAACAUGAUUGCCACUGCGGAUAAGGAGCUUAUGUUUUGGCUGCCGGUCUCCGAUUUAUAAACGGAGUCUAUCGGAAACUGUUGGACCUCACCUCCAUGGUCAACCCCACGGAAUAUGUGGGACCGGGCUUUGCCGGUUCAGCGCAAACGUCCGCUUGAGAAAUAUGAAUUGGCGACGUUUAUCUGGGCCGAAGUCGAUGAUCAAGAGUUCUAAAAUAACUUUUCAUUAUUUCUGGACACCGAUCGCUUCGUGGUUGUGGGGGCGUUGUCCCCAUUGUGGCGCCGGGAUACUUGGAGAGUUCCCCAAAAGCCGCACGCACGAGGAAGGGGGUUGUGGCUCAAACUGCACAGGACCCAUGCCGCGAUGUACGAAGGUCUUGGAUGGUAUCCUGUUGCUACAUCAGGGCAGAGCAGAAGAGCGUCGUGGUAAGAGAACAUGAGAGACGCCGGGAACAAAAGAAGAUUUUGAUGCACUGUACAUGAGAUACCCAUUUUGCAUUAUUCGCCGGCGUAUGGGAGUAGUUAGCAUGCUUCAAAGGGUUCAGGUCGCGAGGCAAGUGGUCUGGAAGGCUGAUUUAACCAGGCUCGUAGGAGGAGAUGGAAAGGAAUGGUCAAGAUGAACAGCAUGUAAUGGUUGAUCAAGUUGAUUUUCACUGAGGGGAUGAUAGGCAUUAGCAAAUAGAGGAAGCUCAAUAUUGUUUACUGUC